CACGGCGGAAAGAAUACUAACCUGGGAAUCCUCUAAUGUUUUUAAGGUUUAAACUGAAACAAUGGUCAAAUUUGAAGAAGGAAAAGGAAAAUAAAAAUGAAAGAGAACGUUCGCCCACGCCUAUCAGCAAAGUUGUUCUCAAUUCUGUCAAAUUAUCGUACUUUGUCAUCUAUAAAUAUCAUUACUCCAAAUAUUAACAUCAAUAGUUAAUUGCAAACCCACAAAUUAAGCAAUCCUGUGCGGUUCUUCUCUUUCUUACCCUCUCAGGUCUGAACCCAGCAGAUUUUAUACUCUUUCCUUUUUGAAUCUUGCAACAGCAGUAGUUUUUCUCCACCUUCUUAUGUUUAACAGCCUCUCUUCUCUGUUUUUUCUUUCUCCAACCUUCGCACUAUAAAUGUUUAGAAAGUGAGCUUUUUGGAGAUGCAAAUCUGAUUUUCUUGAAUUUGCUCUGAGUCUUGAUAAAAACCCAUUUUCUAGAGUCUUAAUUUAAGUUUUUUUGCCUUCCUUCUAUAAAACCUUUAACUCUCGGGUUUAAGUGUGUCACGGAUCUGAAGAAAGUGGAAGCUGCACAUCUAUUCAUUGCAUGUGGAAAAUUCGACUCAUAGCUCUUCAAAAAACAGAGGAAAAAGAACUCAAAAUAAAAUAAAGUUGGUAUCUUUUUGGCGGCGGAAAUUUGUGGGCACUUAAUAGGAUUCUGUUCUGUUCCAAAAUCUUGUACUUUCAUUGUUUUUUUUUUCACUCAGUAAAUCUGGGCAUCAUUUUUCAAUAAGAUCAAGGAUAUCAUUUGAGGAUUGGCGCUUUAGUUUGCUCAUUUCAAAAAAUUGAGGUAUUCUGAUAGUUGGCGAGGACUGCUGAGUGCUGAGUAUGAGGAAAAAUGGUAAUUAUCAUUCAGGAAGGAUAUUCAAUGACAGAAGGUGGAAAAUUCCGUUCUUUGUGAGUUUACUUGUGUCAAUUACUCUAUUUACUGCUACCAUUUUUGGGUUAUACUCUGCGUCUUAUGGAAGAGAUCAAUUGCAAGUAGACAUUGUUAAGUUUGAAAAUUCUGAGGACUCGGAUGGAUACUUUGUGGAAUCGGAUCUAAUGAAGUCUUUUAAAUCAAGUAAGGUCUCAGAAAUAGAGCCACCGAGAUUUGCUUAUCUCAUUUCGGGUACAAAGGGCGAUAGCCAGAGGAUGAUGAGGACAUUGCAAGCGGUGUAUCAUCCGAGAAAUCAGUAUAUUCUGCACAUGGAUCUUGAGGCUCCCCCACGGGAGAGGUUAAAUUUGACUAUGUCAGUGAAGAAUGAUCCAACAUUUAGUGAAGUGGAGAAUGUGCGUGUUAUGUCGCAAUCCAAUUUGGUGACCUACAAAGGUCCUACUAUGAUUGCUUGUACCCUUCAAGCCAUAGCGAUUUUGUUGAAGGAGAGCUUGAAUUGGGACUGGUUUAUAAACCUAAGUGCUUCCGAUUAUCCUCUUAUGACUCAAGACGAUAUGUUAUUCGUUUUCUCCAAUCUGUCUCGAAAUCUCAAUUUCAUUGAGCACACACAGAUUUAUGGGUGGAAACUGGACCAGAGAGCAAAGCCUGUCAUAGUUGAUCCGGGCCUCUACUUGUCUAAAAAAUCUGAAAUUGCAUGGACUUCUCAACGUCGGUCAAUUCCAACAUCUUUUAAGUUGUUUACUGGCUCUGCAUGGGUGAUUCUAACUCGCUCUUUUGUGGAAUACUGCAUAUGGGGGUGGGAUAACCUUCCCCGAACAAUCCUCAUGUAUUAUACAAAUUUCAUCUCUUCCCCUGAAGGAUAUUUUCACACUGUUAUUUGCAAUACUGAAGAGUUCCGUGGCACUGCUAUAGGUCAUGAUCUCCACUACAUUGCUUGGGACAAUCCUCCUAAGCAGCACCCACGUUCAUUAACAAUCAAGGAUCUCAGUAAAAUGGUAAACAGCAGUGCCUCCUUUGCUCGGAAAUUUCACAAGGACGAUCCAGUUUUAGACAAGAUCGAUAAAGAGUUGCUUGGUCGAACAAAUCGUUUUGCACCUGGGGCGUGGUGUGUUGGGAGCUCGAAAAAUGGGACCGAUCCUUGCUUACUGCGAGGUAAAGAUUCUGUGUUUAAGCCUGGUCCUGGUGCUGAGAGGUUGCAACAGCUAAUUGCGAAUCUGCUAUCUGAAGAUUUUCGUAGUAAGCAGUGCCAUACACAAUGAGGGCAAAAAAAAUGAACCAACCUUAUAUCAAGAGCAUAGGUUAAGGUAAUGGCUUUUUGAGAAGCUGUUUGCAAUUUUUUGCAGCAAGUAGUUGUUCUCUCACUCACAGGGGAAAGUUUGGAUAGUUCAACUGUAAAUUGUAAAUUACUUCUUUAAUAGAAUGCAGCAUCAAUGUAAAAAUUUCCGAUUUCAUUUUUUUAUCCACCCUUCAUGUAAUAUCCUGAACCUACGUACAUUAUGUAUUUGAGGUAUAAAUAUAAGUUUUGAAAAUUUAGGGUAA